AAAGAAAAGAAAAUAAAAAAACAUUGAGAAAGGAGCCCUUUCGCGAGAUUGUCACACAUAAAAAUAUAGUAUAUAUUUGCAAGUGCCAAGUUGGAUAUAUAGGUCAUCCAUUUGCUGAAUUUUGUUUCUUUCUUUUUCUUCCUCUCUCUCUCUCUCUCGGUCAAGAUGCCAAAUUAUCUGCUAAGGAUAUUGCUUGCUCUGUUCUUUAUCUCAAUAGUUGCACAGAAAUCAGAAGGGGAAUUUGAGCAAUGGUGCAUAGCAGAUGAGCAGACCCCAGAUGAUGAGUUGCAGGCAGCCAUAGAUUGGGCAUGUGGGAAAGGAGGAGGUGACUGCAGUGAGAUUCAGAUGACCAAAUCUUGUUAUUUACCAAAUACUCUCAAGGACCAUGCUUCUUAUGCCUUCAACAGUUACUUCCAGAGAUUCAAAAACAAAGGAGCCACUUGUUACUUCAGGGGAGCUGCCCUUAUUACCGAGCUAGAUCCCAGUUACAAGGGAUGCCACUAUGAAUUUCUUCCUUGAACCAAGAAAAUAGAGAGAGAGAUAAAGUGAUUCAAGAGGCCAACAACUAGAAUUGAAAUGAUGAAAGAAGGAUGGAGAUAGAUCCAUUAAGUUUUGUUCUUCCAUGUACGUCUAUUUAUCUUUAUUCAUUGAAGUAAUUGUAAUGAGCAACAUUUGUGUCAUAUUGUUUUUCUUUUGGGAUUUUUAUUAUUGUUUUGAAAUAAAAGAGGGGAAAAAAAGUGGGAGUUGGAGAGUUUGAAAAAAGAGCAAAUAAAACUUGACUAUUGAGUCAAUUUUUUAUUAGGGUUUUUUUAAUCAAUAAAUUGUGCUAUUUUAAAAAAAAAAAAAAUC